UGAAACAAAGCCUACGUACGCGGCUGGCCAGGGAAAUGGAUGUUCUGAAGCAGUUGAACCAUCCGAAUAUAAUUAGAAUUUAUGAAACACUAGAAACCCCCGAUACACUGUACUUCUUCCUCAACUACGCGCGGGGUGGAGAUAUGUACACGGAGCUGGAACGGAAGGGUCGAAUGGAGGAGAAGCACGCCAGGAAGGCUUACAGGUCAAUUCUGUCAGCCGUAGAAUACUGUCACUCGAUGGGCAUCGCCCACCGCGACUUGAAGUCAGAGAACUUACUCUUUGGCAGUGAUCGCACGGUGUAUGUUGCCGACUUUGGGCUGUCCAAUUACUUUCAAGAGGGCACAAUGUUCGAUACUUUCUGUGGCUCACACGGGUGUGCUGCACCCGAGGUCCUUGUGGGGAGGCCAUACUCUGGGCCCGAGGCAGAUGUCUGGUCACUGGGGGUGUUGUUGUACGUGAUGGUGGAGGGCACGCUCCCUUUCGCCACCACAGCGGAUUCGUCUGCGGCUAAAUUCGAGACGAGGUAUAUGUCCAAGUCAUGUCGGAAGUUCCUUAGAGAGAUCCUGAAGCCUGAGCCUAGGACACGCCCCAAUGCAGCAGCGCUGAUGGAAAUGGAAUGGAUAAACGAGGGAACUACAUCACUCAGACCAUAUAGAAACCCGCCCAAACCGGCGAAUGGCGAGCCUGAGGUGGAUGAAGAUGUGGUCUUCAGGAUGAAUAUUGCAUACAAACUGUCCAGGCGAAGGGUGGUCAGAGCGGUGGCGGCCAAUAACUUCGACAACAUUAUGGCCACGUACAACAUACUACUGGAUAAGAAGAAUCGGGAUGUGAAUCGCUUCAAAAUUGAGAAUUCAAAACUCUCGAGUGAGUUCGAGGAGUGAAAUACUUCUAUUAAGAGAGCCAACGACAUCCCAAAGUCAGAACUUGGACGUCCCCGAGUGUGCCGCCGGAGACGAAGUUGUUCACACUCAGCUUGCUAUGUCAAUCUGAGGGUGACGGUCAACCAGGAACGUCGCGCUUUUAGUGGGAAGACGACGCGCUGGUAGUUAAUUCUUCCGGGUAGCUGUGCCGUUAUCUCCCGGGCACCAUUCGGUCAAAGCGCACCUCACCACACGGCCAAUUAAAAUUAUGGUCCGGCCGUCCAAAUUAGUCUUCAGGAGAUGAAGACAGGUACUCUGAGAACAGGCGGUGCGAAAUCAGAGCACUGCCAGAGUGUGUACCACUCCUUGGGCUC